CUGGCUGGAGGACUCAUCAGCUACGGUGCGAAGACUCAAACUCUAACCGCGCAAAGCACGGUCGAAGCCGAGAUUUAAGCACAUAGCUACUCAGCCAGAGAGGCGGUCUACAUCUCAAAUUUUAUGACGGAACUCAACUUCAAGACCUUCGGAUCGGUUCCCAUCAACAGCGACAGCACCGGAGCGCUGACAGUGGCCGGGAAUGCAAUGCACUCUCAACGCACGAAGCACGUGGCCCUGUGGUACUUUUUCAUCCGGGAGCUAGUACUACGGGGACAAAUCACUCUUCACCACCGGCCCAGCGAGCACCAGUUGGCUGAUAUCGCGACCAAGUACCUCCCAAAGCACCGACUCGCCUCCAUCAUUCAGCAGAUUAAGGACUUCUCGUGUUGA